CUAGCUUUUUGACGCUCAAAAUCUGGCAACACUGCUGCUGCGCAGUUCAUUAAAAAAGAUUUCGAAUUCUGUGCAAGUUUAACAACUAGAUUAGUUUUAUACAACACUCCAAAGCUUGUGGCACCCACCUCUGUCUGCGGGGCGUGAAAUGUUAAGGAUUCACGUCAAAAUGGGUCCGCAACGUAGUCAUCAUCCCAGCAACAACAACAACAGCAAUGGCACCGCCACCAGCAGCAAUGGCAAUCGCCAGCAUAAGGAGUUUACGUGCUGUUUUGGUCUGCAUGUCCAUACGGCAACCCUGAUGAUUGGAUUGUGGCAUUUGUUCCUCAACAUUUUGGCCCUCAGCGUUCUGGCGGUCAUCUGGCGCAACCCCGAGAUGAUGGACGAGUUGGAAAGCGGCAGCCAUGACUACACUGUGGAUCUCAAUGCACCGGCCUUGCCGACGCCCCUGAGCAAAGUGGACCCGCCCUACGCCUACCGCGACCAUUCCCUCAACUAUCGUAAGCGUGAGCAGAACUUUGACAUGGGCGGACUGGUGUGCACCUGCAUGAUAGCCAUAACACUGAUGAUGAUCUAUGGAACCAUCAAGGGGAAACCGUCGCAUCUGUUGCCCUUCUUCUGUCUGCAGCUGUUUGACUUCGCCAUAACGACCCUCACCGCCGCUGGCUAUCUGUGCUACCUACAGGCCAUCCAUCGCAUCAUUGCCGAGUCUCACCGCUUGCCCUGGCGCGAGAAGCUGCUGGAGCUGCCGCCUGAGGAGCUUGUCGUGGUGGUUCUCGUCGUUUUCGUGUGCAUUGUAUUCCUGAAGGCCUACUGCAUUGGCAUUGUAUGGCGCUGUUACAAGUACCUGACUCUGCGUCAGCAACAUAUCCGCACUUUGUUCCCCUUCCUCGAGACGGGAUCCGGGAUCAAUGGUGUGGGCGGCACCUUUGGGGCUGAGGAGCGUGCCUACUCCACUCUGUUGCCCAACUAUGAUGAGGCCAUUGCCCAAUAUUUGAAGCAGGCACCGCCGCCAUCCUAUCAGGUGGCCAUGUCCAACUACCAAGAGGAUCAGGCCGGAGAAGCUGGCGGUGCUGAAGCAAAUCCUGGUGUGCCCCCCCUGUUCGUGGCUCUGGAUGCAGUGGCCACUGCAAACGCCGCCUCCAUUAUGGAUGAUAAUGAUAACAUGGAUAACAACAACGAAAUGCCGAACAACAACAACACGAUGCACGUGAAUGCCAACACGCCUCCAAUGCGACGCAGUGAUGUCGCCCUUGGCCCCAUUUCCGAUGACGAUGAUGAUCUGGAGGUGAUCGACGCAGGCCUAGAUGCGAUGGAGAGCAUUCCACCGCCGCCGCCGUACAACGAUGUGGCCGAUGCCGAAGUGCAGGUGCCAUCCCCGUCAGCGGUAGAUCGUCAGGUCAACAUAACACCUGGGCGCAAUGAAAGCCAGGCCUAAGUUGUGAUUUCUUUAAGUUUGUUUCUCACUAUGUAACCGUGAUGUGAGCGCGUGCUCGCAUUACUAGCAUCCACAUCCUCGUCUUGCCCAGCCGCACAACGUUUUUUUGGUUAUCAUUACUUGGCUCAUUCCGUUUCCUCCAUCAAUCAGGUGCACUCUUGCGUUUAUACAUAUAUGCUCUAUAUACCUCUAUCUAUACAUAUAUAGUAUGUAUUUAUGCAUAAAUGUGUUGAAAAGUGUUUUAGCAAAUGAAAAAUUUGAAGUAAUUCCCAUUUAUAGCCGCCGCUCAUUAUAUUGUUGUUUAAGGUAAAAUGAAAACGCAAGCAGAUUGUCUUUAUGAAUGCAUAUAUGCUAUAUAUAUAUAUAUAUAUAUAUAUGGUUGCUUCUCAUUAAAUUUCCAAAACCAAAAAAAGGACCGUAACAAGGAUUUUGGUGUGGCCCAGAAAAGCUUCAAUUCCUUUUCGGCCACGUCCGAUAUACGAAAGUAGAUGCAACAACAACCUGUUAUAAACGUUUUCAUUCGUUUAACCAUGAGAAUUUCAAUUAGAUUAAGCCCAAGUAGUUCGUUACCAGAUAAAUUCAAUUGGCGCCCGCAGCCCACAGCCCGAAAGCCCUGUCUCUGGAUAUUAAUAUGGAUGUUCUUUGUGUUAAGCUAUCUCGUAAGACUCUUAUGCAUAUUAUAUACUCGAUACUUGAUACGGAA